AUGCAAGUUGCCCCUCAGCAACCACAGCCACCACUCAGUCCAAGCUCCUAUCCCUUAGAUCCCACACCUACAUCAAGGCGCCAGUACCAACAGUCACCUGUUUCCGCGGAACAACCUCGAAGUCCGUCGAAUACGCGGGGCUCUCCUCACUCCUCAAGGCGUCCCUCGCGACGACCUAGCGGCAAUAACAAUAAUCAGCAAGUCAGUCCUGACACUCGCUCGGCCUCGAAUACCCCUCGGGUGCCAGACGUGCCCAGUACCCACGCCUCGAAUGUCGCUCCAUUACCCGCGACCUCAUCGUCACGGGAUAGCCAUAGAGGGCCCAGAGACCAAAGAUCACAGGAUGCACAGCAAAAUGCAGCGCCAUUUCAGCUGCCUCCUAGAACGUCUUCGAAUCAGAGAAACCCACAUACAGACUCGCAAUCAGACACACAACUCAUCGAUAGAACCAAUACCCAGCUUGAAGGCCAAAGAUAUGACGAGCAAGCAUUCUCCUCACGCCGGACGCAUAACGAACCCUCUAACACCGGACGUGGCCGAUCGGAUUCCGAAGCAAUAGGAACGAGCAAUAAUGUCGCCGCUCCAAUUCCUGCUAGCGCUUCCCAGUCACGGCGAAGAGGACCCGCUUCGCCUCAAGGGCCCCAACGAGCAAUAAGCACUAGAGAGCCUUCUUCGCAACAAACUCCCAACACAAGCCAGAGCAGAGCCACCAUCAACGUUGUCAGCACCUCCUCGACUUCAUCCAGACCCACUCAUAACGACGGUCAAGUCAUCAACAGGGUGGUCGUUGAUGAUCCUGUUGUUGACCUACACCGCGCACAUGAGCGCGAACUAGACUCUUCAAGCACGAAGCAGGCAAGACUUCUCUGCUCAAAAUGCCGGAAGUUCUUCCCGCAGAAAAGAUAUAUCCGAUUCGGCGAAUUCAUGCUCGGACAGACCCUUGGUGAAGGCGAAUUCGGAAAAGUGAAACUGGGUUGGAAAACAGAUGGGUCUGUUGAGGUUGCCAUCAAGCUUAUACGGCGUGAGUCACUCGGCAAUAAUCCCAGCCGCCUUCCCAAGAUCCAUAGAGAGAUCAAGAUUUUGGAGACGCUUAAGCACCCAAAUAUUGUCAAAUUACAUGAAAUGGUUGAAACACGUGAAUACAUAGGUAUGGUGUUAGAGUAUGCGUCUGGCGGAGAGCUAUUCGACUACAUUCUGAAUCAACGCUAUCUGAAAGACAACGUUGCUCGGAAACUGUUCGCUCAGCUCGUGUCUGGUGUGGGCUACCUGCACAAGAAAGGUAUAGUCCACCGCGAUCUGAAGCUGGAGAACCUGCUACUGGAUCGGAAUCGCAAUAUUAUAAUCACUGAUUUCGGAUUUGCAAAUACAUUUGACCCACGAGAUGAGUUGGAGCUCAGAGAUGAGGAGAAAUUGUCGGACAGGGAUUACAUCAAGAGGAAAGGACUUGACCGUGUUCACAAUGGCGUGAGACGGGGGGAUCUGAUGGCGACGAGCUGUGGUAGCCCCUGUUAUGCCGCGCCUGAGCUGGUUGUGACAGACUCGUUGUAUACUGGCCGCAAAGUAGAUGUUUGGAGCUGUGGCGUGAUCUUGUACGCUAUGUUAGCGGGAUAUUUGCCAUUUGACGACGAUCCAGAAAAUCCUGACGGCGACAACAUCAAUCAACUGUACAAAUACAUUACAACAACACCAUUGACCUUCCCUGAGUAUGUCACACCACAUGCAAGGGAUCUGCUGCGGAGGAUCCUAGUUGCCAAUCCUAGAAAACGCGCAGACCUAUUCGAGGUUGCAAGGCACAGCUGGCUCACGGACUACGCACACGUGGUAGCUCAAGUGACUAGCAGCACCACGACUGUGGGAGAUAUUGCAACAGCGACUGUUACAUCAGCUACGCAAGACGCCCCGGGUCUCACUCGGAGCCAUUCAGUUCGAGAACCCACCAAACCAGUGACGUCUAAUGUAUCCCCCGUUGGAGCCUUGAGUCAUCAGGGUAAAAUCGACCCUAACCAGCCACAAGAGAAGACUGAGCCUCCACGUGAUUCGAAGCGAAGGACAGUGCAAGUUGAAUAUGUUGCACCUCAAAGAUCGACAGCAAGAGGUGAGGCCAUGCCAACAAGUGACAAAUCCCGUAUCGAUGAUUCACUCGCUACGACUACUACUGCACCUUCAAGAAGUCGCGUCAGGGCAGGCACAGAUGGUGGAGAAGCUGGAUCUCGCCAGUACACUAGCACACAGAAGCCUUUACCUCAAGAUCCCAAUUACAGAUCCGAGAAAGCAUAUCAUACUCAGCGUGAUGCUAGAAGAGGCUGCCAGCCAUCCGGUGUAUCCCAACGAGACAUGGCGCCACCAGAUAGGCCGCCAAAAGACUAUCCUCGCUCUGUUUCGGACUCUACAGGAGCUUUUGGCCAAAUCUCGGUCUCAAGUGGCAGACCAGCUACUGGAGGUUCUAUGACAUCGACUGGACAGGCAAGGUUACCAUCGAGGGGCAAUUCCUACAGCCAGCCACUUGCACCAACCGUUGCUGCAACCUACGCCCAAGGUAGAGUCACACAACCGAAACCCGAAAACAAAUACAACAUAUCAGGGCCUAUGCCCCUAUCCGAACCUUUCCGGACGACUCAAAGCGAUAGUCGUCCGAGCACACAGCAACAUGCUGCGGUCACCGCUCCACGCGAUCCGCCACGUACUCACAAACGAGCAAACACGCUUGGUAAUUUCUUCAGGACCGGCUCAAUAUCUGGUCCUAAACCGAUACCACAUACCCCUGAUGAAACGCCGCCGAAAGAGAAGAGAUACCCUCCUACUAGUAUGAAAGCUCCCAUACCUGUCGAGACCCCCCCAGGCAAUCUUCCGAGUCGCGACGUCCGUCGUUUAGCAUCAAUAGAAAGAGUCGGGAGAACAGCGACGUUUCAAGGCAGGACAAGCCGCGCAGGUUUUCCCUGCUGCCGGCUUCAUUCUCCUUCAGAAGCUUUACAAGCACUGGGAGCGGCAGAGAUGGAACUGCAGAGUUCAGACCAGCUUCGGAGCGCAGACAAGCUAACAUCCAAGACAAUGAACUAUCAGAAGGGAGCAUCCGACUUUGAUUUUCGGCAGGAUACUGACGCUGGUGUCAACCUGGACGGACAGAGAGACACGAGGCGAGGCAGCGCUGCAGCUCCGCCACGAAGGAGGAAUCCUACUCCACGGACACCUGCUACAGCUCCUCAAAGCCAAUAUGGCCCUACUAGAUAUCAAGAUCACUACCCACCACCUAAAGUCCUGCAACAAAGUCAACCAUAUCUGGGAUCGCCUUCGGAAUCACGAACUUCUAUACAGAACCAACAAUUCCGACCCGUAUAUCCUCCUGGGUUCGGUAGCGAAGAACAAGAACCACAACCUCGUAAGUCAAUGCAACAGGCUCGGCCUACUCGUGGACCAGCUGUACUUACGAAGAGUAAUCGACGGUUUGCAGACGCAUACGAGCAGGAUCCGGAACCCGGCUCUGGCUCCGGGCAUCACGCCGGCACCACAGGAGCAGCAAAGAGAGUGAUGGAUUUCUUUAGAAGGAGAGGAAGAGCCCGAGCAGGAGAAGAGAAGACGUAA